AUGUGGCUUUGGAUGCUACAGCCGUUUGUUCACUUGACUUGCAUCGGUUUCAUGUUGGCUUUAACUCUAAUCCUCUGCGCCAAGUCAUCUACAGGACGGAAGUCUUACGAAAAGCAAGUCUCCUCGGUUAGAUUUUUUGGGAACCCAAAUGGAAUUUGAAAUUUCUAGCUUCGUAGUCCUUUACAGCCUACCGCCGGAGAGGAAAAAAGCGUUGCUGAAAAAUUUUCUGCGCCGAGUGUUACUUCGAAAUGUUCUGAAGAAAAGAAAUGCAAAAGCGAAAAGAGCACCCGUCGAGAUUCUAUGUGCGUUGGCGGCCGCCCUCACAUACUCUCAAAAUUUCAGGAUCGACUCUCUGAAAGUCAUGAAAGGCCGAAAAGUACAGAAGCCAGCGGCCCCACGUUCUCUUAAGAAAACUGAGGCUGAGUCCGAUUCGCAGCACACCGAGAUCAUCAACAUCCCGCUGGGCAACGCAGAACAGUUCGUAAUGAAAAUAAGAAUUGGCAUUGAGCUAUAAAGACAGCUUUGUCUGCCACAAAAUAUUCUUUCUAUAUAAAAAUUUAGCAAUUUUCUAAUGUAACAAAACUAUUUUUCAAAUAACCACUGCACGCAAAUAAAAGUUCAGUAACGAAAGGCCUAUUCGUUUUUAAUUUUUUUUUUCGACCAAAUAAGCGUCUAGCAGGAAAGGUAAUUUCACUUUGGGGCUGGAAAUUUUUUCCAUUGACAUGAAUAUUUGAGCUCUUCCUUUUAAAGGGAAAAAUUUUGGUGCCUCUCGGAAUUUUCUUCUCAAAUAUCGAUGAAUUUCUGAACCAAUUUUUUUAGAAAAGUUUCGAGCAUCACCAAGUUAACUGCGCCUUCCAAACUGAAAAAGAAUGACAAAGAAGCCAUCGAUCAAAAAGUUUUUCUACGUUUUAUUUGAAAUAUUAACCGAUUUUUAGGUUACGUUUGCAAAAAAAAUGACAAACAAGAAGAAAUAUUCGGAUAAAUCGGUAUGUUGGCUUUGUGAUUACUAAAUGGCCAUUGUGAAGACUUCCAGGUGAGGUCGUCAAAAAUGAAGAAAUGAAAACUUCUUCUUGUUUCGUUUCAAGAAUAAAGUGUCGACAAAUUCUUUGUUCUCGUUUCUCUGUUUUAGCAUAGACGAAUCGAGAAAGGGUAUCGCGAGACCCUCUGAGGUAUAUCGCAGGCUCUGAAGUCUCACGAUGGUACCUCGAGUAUACCUCUGAGGAUUUUGAGCAAAAUGAGAGGGGCUUGAGAGAGACUUUGAAGUACCUUCGAGAUGGCUCAGAUAUAGCUAAAAGGUAUGCCGGAGGUCUCACGAUUCAUUUUGAGAGCUGAUUCACGGCUAGCUUGGGACGCUCAGGGGGCGUGUCAUGUCUGCGCUCUCCAUGAGCAAGGCGCUAUGUCGUGCAUUAUCGUGUCAGGACCCUUUUUUCGAUGGCUCAAGCCAGCCGUGAAUCAGCUAUACCUUUGUGAACACAUUAUGGUACUCUUGCGAUUCGCCUGUGAGUCCCUAAAUAUAUGGUAAGAUGAAAGAGGAGGAAGAAAGGAGAAAAUCCUUUUUUGUAUGAAAAGGUUUCUUUGUAAAGGAAAUUCACUGAAAAUUCAAUGAAAGAAGUGAAAAAAUUCAAUGAAAUCAGUGAAAAAAUCACGAUUCCAUGUUUCCGUGUUUGUUGACGGGCUACUUUUUUUUAAAUCGUUAUUUGGAAUCUCAUAUACCAAGCUUUUCUAAACUACAGGGUGAAAAUAUAGUCUGUUCAGAUUUUGAAUGUCAAGCAGCUAACUCCACCCCCAAGGCUACAAUAUCUUUCGCGUCAAUGUUUUAUCUACAUAUGCCAAUGGCCCUUUAAUAAGGCUGCUUUUUUGACCUCUUUUUCUAUCUUUUAGAUCGAAAAAGAUCAAAAUUAGUCCCGCGAGAUGAAACAUCGACGCGAAAAGGUACCGUCUCAGCAGGGGCGGAGUUAGCUGGUUGACAUUCAAAAUCUGAACAGACUAUAGCAAUGAGGAAGAGAAUUUGAGUAGCGAAACUCCCUUUUACGGCUGUAAGUUUUUUUUUGUAAAGCUCGCUUAUUUGAAGUGUGACCACAACCCUUGUAUUAUUUCUUGUGUUUUAUUAUUAGUGUUUCAAAAGUUCAUAAAAGGGAAUAUAUUUCACAUCAUGCGAUAACAUCAUUUCGGCGCAUCGAAGGCGGGCGAAGAACCAUGCUUCACAGUUAAAAAUAAGUUAUACUGUGGUUAGGGUCACCAGAAAGAUUCUGUUUUUUUUUUUGGAUUUGAUUUCAAAGCUUUCUGCCGAAAAUAUUGAAUGGCAAGGCUAAAUGACCUAGAAAAUCUUGCUUCUAUACUUUAGAAGCCCGUUAGCUGUUUUCAAAGCGAAAAAUUUGCCAUGCUCGUUUAUCGUAUUUGCAAGGCAAAGUUCUAACCUCGAUGUUGCAGUCGGGAUCAUAAUUUUCUACCUCGAAGAGAGAAAGAGAGAGAUAGACGUCUGCCAAAUGAGGAACGAGCGUGAGCGAGCGCGCAUGCUGCCCUCUCCUUCAAGGCCCUAAUUCCUUUUCCCAAUGUUCCAGACUGAUGAGAAACUACUUUUAGAAGCCAUCUCUAGUUCUUGACACCAAUUACUUCUUAGAAGAUUCCAAGCAGAAAAAUCACCCUUUUCAAAUAUUUAAUCAUUGCGAUUUCGAAAAAAAAUAUGUUUAAUUUUUCAUAUGUACUUUUUGAUGCUGGUUAGAGUUCUGCUUGAUGUUUCUCCAUUCACACCCAAAAAUAGAUUAAAAGAGAACACAUGAAAUACUGAAGCGCAAACUCGAUACUUCAAGUUUUUUUAUAAAAAAAUUUUUUUACAAAUUUCUCGAUCCGGUGGAGCGCACUUGGCCUACGUCGAUUUUUCUUUUUUUAAGGUUCUCAAAAAAACUUUUUUUUUUUCAUUUUUUUCUUGCUUCACCUGUUCACUAGUUAUGAGAUGGGACAUAUUUAAAAAUAAAAAGGAGUGCGGAAAUUUCAUUUUUGUUUGCUUUUGUUCAAAUUUAUUAAUUCCGCAGACUAUGGCUUCGCGGAUACUUCGGUAGAAUCGUGCAAAAUGAACGACGGAAACGACCGCACACUCUCCUUGCUGCACCUGAGGAAGACCUUCAGCGAAUACCUGAAGGUGCCGAUUUCAGGAGCACGAUGCGCAGAUCCCAGUCGGCUACUGCCUUUAUUUUCGAAGGUAAACUUUAUUUUGAAUAAUAUCACGUUGUUUUUGUUCAGGUCACCAGUAUGUACACUCCUGCACAGCUUUUGGUGGAAUUCAAAGAAAUCGUUCAUUUUUCCUCCUUUCUGUGCAGUGUUUUAGUCAAGGAAGUCCGUCAAAGGUGGGCUUUACUUUUCAAUAUUUAUUUUAUUUUCAAGUUAAAUAGUUUUUUUGCCUUUCAAAAAUUUUUAUUUUUGAAAAUCUCUACAGAGCUGCAAACGAGGGAACCGCUGAGGCUGCCCUGAGCAUAGCACAAUAUCUUCGCCCGAGUUCUUCUGCCAAAGGAUGGUCUAUCCUCAGCGCCAUCGAUUUUCUCAUUGCAUCGUGAGAUUUUUGACUUCUUUCAGUUUUUAACGAAUUCGCUAUAAUUUCUCAGGGAAGACGAGGUGAUGAUCGAUGCAGCAUGCAAGGUUGCUUUGCCGAGCACCUUGGUUAAAACGAUAUACCUUUUUUUCGACCUUCCGGCCGAUGAAAGCUCCUCAAAAGAUGACGAAAGCCUGUGUGCCGUCGUGACAUCCAUCAUGCAGCGUAUGUGUGUCUACAGGUGGUUUCUCAUCAAGAAACGAACUUUUUAAUGAUUUUUUUUCUGUUCAGAUGCGUCAGUGACGAGUUGGUACGUAAAGACGAUUUGCUCCUCCUUUUUGUCGGAACAACGUCGCCCGUGGCGAAGCACAACGUCUUGUGGAGAAAAACCACGGCUCGACUGCUGGAAAUCAUCGCCGCCAAGGUAUUUACUUAGAAGUAAAAACUUUAAGAGAAGAUUGCUUAGGAAUAAAUAAACAGAAAUAAAGUCGUGUCAAUGAUAAUUUUUCAGUCUUUCACGCCGUCCGUUGCCAAAUAUGUGAUGGCUAAGAAGUGUUUGAGGACGGCUGUGAAAAAUUUGGCCAACUGCCAGGUCGAGGCUCAAGACGCCGCAGAAGCCAUCAUUUGUAUUUUUUGUGUUCUCAAGGUCCCUUUUUUUUCCUGGAAUAAGCUCUUUAGCUGGUUACACGGAUCUUUCAGCUGAACUCGCGUUUUUCAAGACUUUUUUGUCCUCAAUAGUUCUUCUUUCAGGAUUCUGCAAGGUUGACGAAUCAACUAUUGGACGAGUUCGUUGAGUGCAACGGGUACACAACUGUCAAGGAGUUCUUAUUGAGGUUACAGGCUUUCUGAGUAAAUCUUCAUUGCUUCAAAAAUCCAGGAACGAAAACGACGACGAACUUGUGCGUAACAUAUUACUCAUGACUAUCUCUUUGAUUACGAGUGGCGCAUCUGAAAUGAUGCCUCAGGUGCUUCUGAGACACGGAACCACGCGUUUCAUUUUGUUUUUCAGUAUACAUCCGGUCUCAUCCAGUUACCCAAUUUCCAACUGCCGCUGCCCGCCGGAAACGGACUCAGCGUUAGAAACUUGGACGCUUUCGCUCUUUUAUAUCACGUUUUCUUAGAGGUUUGAUGAUUUUUGACAAUAUUCUUGAACCUUUUCUCUUCUCUGUAGUUCAUCUCAUUUUCAGAAUUCAGUUUUUAUAAUACGAAGAAAGUAAAAAAAAAAACAAGUUUUGUUCAUUUUUUUCAUCAAUUCAGAGUCGAAACGAAAGAGUUUGUGGUACAGUCGUCGAUAUAAUACAUUCGAUUUACACGUGUGAUCCCGCCAACUUUUUCAUUUUGGACAAAGAUUACCCUUUGGUGAUUUUCAUCGAACAAAUGGAGCGCAAACAAGACUCCGUUAGGGUAUUCGACAGCUUUCUUGCCAGAUCCCUUCUCUCUUUUCAGACGAAAUUGCUGGAACUCGUCGAAUUGGCUCUCUUCCAGCUGUCGCACAUUCCCUGUCGAGAACUCAUCGGGUAUAUCCAUAAAUGAAAAUAGUUUUAUCUUCGCUUCCGUUUGAGUGAGACUGAAUCUUUUCGAAUUGAUUAAGUCGUUGUGGAGCUUUACAGCUACAUAAGACUCAUUUGUAAAACGUUCAAGACCAGGACUUUUUCAGUUGUUGUGUUUUGAUGAAGACUGAAAUUGCGAGCGGUCGUACGUCGAUUUGCACGGGAAUCGUCCAGUCUUUCUUCCGUCUCCUCACUGUCGAUUCUGUGAUAAAGGUAGGUCCUCAUGGUAGCUAACUCGUCGAAAAGGAGAUGCCAGGACGCUUUCCGAGAGAUCGGCCUUCUUGACACUCUCUGCUUCAUAAUCAAGCAGAUUUUUGAAGCCAAGAAAGGUAGGAAACCGAAAAAUCUGGUCUGCAAUCCUUUUUCAGCAAGAAAUAUCACUUUGGGAGAGCAGAAACUGUGUCUUUUGUCUACCGAUCUGCUGACAGUCAUCAUCAAAUCAAACGUCGAGAAUGCCAGUGAGAAGAAAUGUUCAGAGCUCGGCUUCAUUUUUCGUUUUAGAAAUGUUCACGGAAUGCUUUGGGCCGAAGAUCCUGUUGAAAGUUGUCUCAGGUAUUUUUUUUUACUUCUGAAAGAAAGUCGCUUCAAACGAGUUUCUGAACCAAAAAAAAAUAAUAAUCACAGAAGUAGAAGAAGAUUGGAGAAGUUCUUUGUUGCAACUUACAAAACAGCUUCUGAUCAUUGCACCUACAGAUCAAUACCUCACUGGAAUUAUUCAGGUGAUCAAUGCCAUCCUAAAAGCUUUAAACUUUUUUUGAAGGUCUUGAACGACUGUUCGCCGGAAGAAAACUUGAAUUUAUGUGAGAAUUUGCUCAAAGUAUGUUGUCUCGUUUUCUCUAGACCAUUCAUUUACUCUCCAGGCGCUUCUGGGAGUUGUUCGCGAAAGUCACAAGAUCCGGAUGCAGUUCAGGAAAACCGGCGGUUAUCUGGCUCUCAUGGGCCUUCUUUUAGGCUUGGAAAAGAAGUUUGCACAGGUUGAGCCCGAUGAAAGUUUGCUCAUUUUGUGUUUUUCUCCUAAAACAAUCGUUCCAGAGCGGAUACCAAAACUUUUUUGUGAUUUGAUGGAGUUCGUUCACCUCAUUUUCAAAAUAACCACGUUGAGCAUGCGUUUUGAGCCGUCCAACGCCAGAUACUUCACUUCAGAAGUUGGUGCAUUGUUUUAUGCCCUAAAAUCUCUGGUUUGAAGGUUACUUGGGAAAGUUUGGCAUCGGUUCUGAGGCUAACUGGAGCGUUUUCUGAGGUUAUUGAAGUUCAAACAGAUGGCCAGCAGUGGAAAACUUCGGUUAGCUUCAUGAAAGUCUCUCAAAAACCUCCACUCUUUCAUUUUAGACUGGUGCGGUUUCGAAUGAACUUCGUGCCUGUCAUUCUGUGUUCCGCAUGGACGAGAACGCUGAAGCGGGGUUACUAUUAUUUUUUCAAAAAUAUCAAUUUAUCACUGAUUUUCUCCGAUUUUCUCCUUUCCUAUUCAUCAUGAUGGUUUUCAGUCUUUUGCCUGAUAAUAUGCCAACCAAAAUUUUCUUCGCCUGCAGCUUCAUACGGUUGAUUUUCAACAUGGCGUUGGAUAACUAUGAAAAGUUGGUGUUUAACUUUUUGUUCGAGAAAAUUGGAAAACGCUCAGAAUGUCUUCUGAUGUGCAUUGGGCCAAUAUGGAGUCGUUCGAGGAAAGUAUCGUUUCGUGGACGUCUUCUGUUCUGGUGAGUGCUUUUUAUCGUUUUAGUUCGAAUAUCGCGAUUGAUAUUUUUUUUCUUAAAAUUAUAUAACACACUUUUUAUUUGUAAUUCAAAUCAUACAUUCAAACUUCGAACUAAAAAAAUAGGCCGGUGUAUGAGAAAAAGGAAAGCCGAUAAAUUUAUUUUUCAUUUAUUUUUGUGUUUUGGUAAUUUAGUCUUUUCAAACUAUCAUAGAUUAUCAGCUUCGACAAUUUUCUUAAGAUUCCUUACUGAAAAAACUCUUUCCAAACGGGAAGAAGCACUGAUAUUUUUAAAUACGAAUUUGAAAAAAAAUUUUCGGAAAAACUGUUUGAAUGGUUGACAGGUGCACCCCGGGGCGGUCCUCGCCAUCCUGAACCUGCUGCCUUCGGUCGUGUGCGACGACUUUAAAUGGACCAUUUCUGCCCAGUACUACGUUUCCUUGUUGCUGAAGGCCCUUCUGAAACCAGAAAGAAACCAGCAACUCAUGUGCCAGGUCUUUGUAACCUCUCUUCCCAGGAAAGAAGCCUUUUUCACAGGUGGAAAUGCCGAAAGUGUUGCUGACCAGCGCCAAGAAGCUCUUUCUCUGCGAAGAUCACAUUUUACUACAUCCUUUCUAUUACCUCCUCGAACGUCUUUCUUAUCAAUCUCUGCAGCCAAAUCAGCUGAGGUUAUUCUUCCCACUGUUGAGUCUUUGAUCAGCAAACGUUUAGGCAUUUCUUGCGUUUGGAUAAUCCUCUGUGCUGCCGAAAUUUGGAUCCCGUAGAUGGUGAAGAACCUUUCCUCCCCAACGAAGGAGGUCCAGUUCCACUACAGAGGUAACUUCUUUUUUCCGACACUAACCAAGCCAUAAACUCUCUUUCUGCAAUAGGCGUGUUAUGAAAAAAAAACUAUUUGAGCUGAAUUUUGUAGUGAAAAAAUUAUAUAAAAAGGAUAAGGCUUAAUUUCGCUAGAACCUUUGACGAUAGUUGUUAAGAGUGAAAGCGCUGGUGUCGAUGAUGACUCCGCGAGAUCAACGACUCGGGACGUCGCCUUCGUUCGUCGAGUUCGACAUGUCCUUGGAGGGCUUCGGAGCCCUCUUUCUGCCUUCGAUCGCUCCCUCGUUCUCGUCGACCAAAAGCGAACGUGUGUUCCCUCCGUUGAACGGCUUCACCUUCUCCACAUGGCUUUAUCUUGACUCGGCUUCCGACAAAAAACUCGACGCUCAUCCUCUGCGGCUUUUGACCAUCACUCGGUCAGCGUCAUUGCAGGAUGAACGUAGAAAAGUGCAGUGCUUCAUAAUUAUUUUCGAGACUCUUCGUUUUGUAGCAAACUACCCAACUAGCAUGUUUCACGAUGCAGCUGAGCCCAAUCGACAACAGUCUUCUCAUCUCCACUGAAGAACACGACCAACCAGGGGCUGACCUCGAAAAAGAAGCUAAGUUUCAGUCGGAGAAGGUGAUGGCUGCUUCCGGCGGGGUGGUUUACCUGUCUAGCGGUUUCAGUUGAUCCGAGUGACUCUGGCGGACGUCGUACGCAACAUGGAGUGGAUGCACAUUUGCGUUGUGAUGACGCGCUCCGUAUUGAAGCCGAGUCAGGUCUCGGUCUACGUCAACGGCCGACACGUCUCCACUCAGAAGCUGCUCUACGUCGUCCAAAACGCCGGCGGCGCCGCGGCCCAACUUGCCCAGACGCACGCCGUCAACGCCGUCGUCGGAACUCUGCCCUCUCUCCGCAGACCGAGUCGUCUCAGGUUCAUUCGUCUUCCGCCCACCUAAAAAAUUUCUUCCAUUCUCAAAAAAGUCUUUUUUCUGAGAAAGAUGCUAAUUGGUCAUUAAGAUCUUUGUAAUUAAAAAAAAAACAAACUUCUUUCAAAUCAUCUUUCGUAUGUAUCUUUUUUUGACAACUACAAAAAAUGCAAGAAGAUUAUACAAAAAGGUGACGAAAAUAUCCUCCACAUUUUUAUUCAAAGAUAAAAAAAGAGCCUUUCCGCGCCCUGCAAUAAAAACAGUUUGGGACUUUUUAGACAAUAAAAUCUCAUAGUUUUUUUGUCGGUUUUCUCUUCAAAGCUGUAAUAUCUUUACUUGGUCAGGCCACCAGGUAUGUCCAUCACAAGGACUUUUUCAGAUUCCGACUGGGGCUGACUUUUUUCGCCGAAGAGCCUUUACCUGCGGAAACUGUCAAGACUAUCUACCUGUUGCAACCACACUAUAUAGGAAAUUUUCAAACUGCCGGUCUUGACCGCUCUUCUUUGUUGCAAGAGGAAAAAGUGCGAGGUCUUGGAAUCACUUGGGGAAACCUGGUUUUCUACAGAUGGUUUUCUCUCUUUCUGGAGCUGCGACCCAAGAACUGACCUUAGCAAAAAUUCGUACAAUUUUUGGGAAGUUGGACGCCGAGAUGCUUUCUCAACAGGUUGGGCGUAAUGUGAGGUUUGAAAAAUCAAGAUUUUGAAGCUCGGCAUCUCGCCAAACGACACUAGCACUCCGCUCCGUAUUCUGACCAACACGGCGGCCCAUGCGCCUGGGCCUGGUCGAACUUUUGGUGGGGUCGUUGUGGGGUUAGUUCCUAAUCUGUCUUUUUGUACCUUCAGCUUUUUUUUCCAGGUAUCUUGGCAUGCGAACUUUCACUCCAAGACCUGUCCCUUGUCUUCUUGACUCGAUUGGCGGUUUCUCUUGCCUAUACGGUAGAAAAUAUUUGUGAAAGAGUGAAAAUUCGGCAGUGCAGGACUCAUCGCGAUGUCGACGGACUCGGAAGGACUCUACGCGUCUCUGAAAGCCCUCGUCUCGGCCAUUCGAUCCAAUCCCUCGCUCCAUUCCACGAUCAAUAGUCACAGCGCCUACCAAGUUGUUUCCUGUCGCUCUAAAUCAGUCAGAAGCUUUUCUCAGACACUCGCCAUUUUGCUCGAGGACAAGGCAAAAAUUCUCAACUCGCACAUCAUGCACAUGGUUUUCAAUAUCACUGGCACGGCGGAUUCUUCGCGAGAAAUUUCUCAGAUUCCUCAUCCGCAGGUCGAUUCUUCCAAUUUUCACGUUUUCAAGUUCCGAAUACAGGCUUUCGAAGACGUUCUUUGUGAUUUGGACGUGUGGAAAAACGCUCCGGAGGAAAUUCAUCGCAUGCUUUUCGAUCACUUCUACGAGCUUAUCACUGAGUUAGUGCAAUUCUACUCAAAGCUGAAGUUGGUUUUACCACCUUCACUUUUUAAACUUUUCAUAAAGUGAAAAGAAAGAGUUAUUUUCAAAAUGAGAGGAUUCAAUUAGUACAUUUAUCCACACAAAAUAUUGCAUUUUGGUUUUCUUUAUAUUUUCAUUGACUUUUCCAAAAAAAAAUUUGAGGUUUGUUAGGCGAUCUUGUUUCUGUGUUUUCUUGGCGAAAGUGGGACAAAUUGUGAGUUUCAGCCACCAAAGAGAGAAUUUGAUGGUUGUGCGACGGUCUCCCCUGCUUUCGCGUUUGCUCCUGGUGGUCUUCGACAACGUGCGUCUGGUCCGCUCCACGCACGACGUCGUCUUCAACCUCAUCUCGGCGAUCGUUCAGCCUUCCUGCGACAGCAGAAGCGUCCUCAAACUCGGCCAAAUCAUCGCCGCCACUCUGCCGACCUCGUCAGUUCUCCAGCGCAGCCGAAGGAGUAACGGAACAGUUUGACAGGGACAGCGAGUGCCUGGAAGAGAGCAAGCUGCCUUUUCACAUCAGCGAGAUCCAGACUCUGCUCGCCGAUCAGAAGUCUCCGGAUUCUCUGACUUCAUUGCUUCUGCACCGCGUCUACGUCCGCAACCGCCUUCUCAACAUUGUCGCCAACUUUUUGUCUCAUUCCAACGCUUCUCUCAAACAACAGUUGCUCUCUCAUUGAACUUCUUUUCCGACGGUUCUUUUCAGGAUGUGCGAGCAACUCGUGCGAGUCCUCGGCUUCGACUGGCUGAUGGCUUUGAUGUCCCUGAAGGUUCACGCCGGCACCUUGUUUCUUUCUCUGCGUAUCCUUCUGAGCAUUCUUUCGCAGCCGACACUUCUUUCCAAGUUUAAAGAGGUAAGCAAGGGAUUCUGUAAAGAUUUUUUCGAAGCGAAAAAAUAAAUAAUUUUCCUCUAGUUCGUUUUAAUUGCGUUUCUUUUUGUGGAGAAUGUUAAAAGGAAGAAUUUUUGUGUCGACCUUUAUGAUUUUUUUAUAUUUUGUUUUCAGAUGAAAUGGCGGAAGUUAUAAGUUAUAAUACAGUUCUAAUACUGUUAUAAUACAAGAUAUAACACAACUUCCGCCAUUUCUUCUAUAAAAACUGUAUGGUCGUCUUCCGUUCGGUAACUUUAUUCUCGAAAUAUCAGGAAGGAGUUGAGAUGUGUUUAUGUGCAGGGAACUUGCAACGGAGGCUGGCUUUCCGACGCCGACUCGGUGGUUCGAAACAGGGCCGCCGUCGUUCUGGGCUUCUCUGUUUCGGCGCACGGCGGCUCCGUCGGCAGCAAGAUCGACAUCAACCCCGAGAUCCAGAACUGCUCCGGCUUCGCGGCUCUCGAACAUCUCAUGGCCUCCCACGCUUCCAAGACCUUUCCCUACUAUGCCAUGCUCUCUAUUCUGGUCAAUCAGGUUUGCAAACUGCUCUUUAAAAAGUUUUUGUAGCUUCGGUCAGCUGACUUCUUUUUUUUCAACUCAUGACACAAAAAUGGAAAAUUUAGGCGUCUGAAACCUCUCAUCAUUAAAAUAACUUUUUUUUUUCUUAAUUGAAGUAAUUUUUUCAGCCCGUCAAGGAGUUCAGAUUUUGCGAGCAGUUCAACAUCGAACUCGUCUGGACUCACGUUUUUGGCUUGUCUUCUAACAGGUUCCUACAAAGGCCCUUUUCCAAAACUGACGGAAGUAAUUCAGUUCGGUUUAUGAGGCGAUCAGUUCGAAAGAUUUCUGUUUCGAAGCCCUCAUACCGCUGUUUUCUAUGGUCCGUGCAGCUAUUUACUGCGGGAGCGAGGUUUUGUAUAUUUUUUUCAAUUUUUGAAAGAAAACAUUGUUUUGCAGGCACUUGCAGGCACUUGAAAGAAAAAAUUGUUUUGCAGGCACUAGAAGGAUGGCACGUCUCUUACCCGGCUACAGUCAUCCAAAUGGUCACGUUUCUUUACCAGAACUCGAGCCAGUUCUUCAUGAUAGCUCACUCGGAAGAGUUCAUCCUCGCCCUCUUCUCAACUCUUAUUCCGGUAUGUUUUCCGUACGAAAUAUCUGAAUUUCUCCGUUUCAGAACACGAAUGCGAUGGGAGUGAGGUCUGAAUCUUCAGACAGAGACAGCGGAACACCGGAUCCCGAGAAAAUGGCCCAAUGUCUGUCAAGAUGGAGUUCUCAUUUCAUUCUUUUUUUUUCUAGUUCUCGCUCAACCGAAUGUACGGAUCGUCUUGGAUUUUCUGAAGAAAGUUCUGUGCGACAAUCUUCAAGUGAAUCAAUCGAAGACCGAGAGCGCGAUCGACGUAUUAAUCGAUGUUUGCCUCCUUUUUUUGAUUUUUCCUUGGAUCUCACUGAGUUUCAGAACGUUGCUGAAAACGGGCUGACGAGAAAAACCCAAGUUUACUGCCUGACACAUUUAGUCUACAUGGUGAGCUUCUUUGGUCUUUUUUUUUGCGGAAAAGUGCGUUUCUAGGUCUUGGAACAUGUCGUGAGCACAGACUUGCUCUCUUCCUCUGCCCUCUCACCUUCCAUUUCCACUCAACCUCUGGCUCAAGUCGCUUCUGGUCGGGUGCAAACGAAGUUUCGAUGGGUUCAGGUCGGCGUCAACGUGUCUUUGUUGUGCGGCCGCGUCGUCGACGGCCUUUGGAAUGGACUUUUCUCUGGCGACUCCCUGCGGCUUCUCAACGCCAUGUACCACGUUCACGCGAUAGCCGUCCGGAAGGAAAAUAAGGUCCGACUUUCUUCAUUCAAACUCCCAACCUACUUUUUAGGUCAUUAACGUUGAUCACUUGACUAAUUCCAUCAUGCGGUGCACACUUUUUGUUCUUAGCCGACCUAUAGAUUGUGUCCCAGGUUCUUUUUUCCUCAACUGAAAAGUAAAAAUUCUUUUUCUCGCAGUUCAACUUUCGGUUCUGGAUGCGUUGUCUUACGUGAUCUCCAAACGGUACAUUUUCUUGGCUUCCAAUGAAGCGUGGUUCUUCGCUUCGCUCACUCACUUGGUUUUCAUGCUCAGCGUGACUCCAGACGUGCUUGUUCAUGAAGAAGCUCCCUUAGAAAGGGCCAGUGCUCAGGUAUUCCACUCCCUUUUUUCUUCCUAAGAUUCUAUUCGCUUUGAACAGGUUGCGAUGUGCGCAAGUCGUGUAUGGACAGACGUUAUCGUGGCAAAAAAGGCGAUUCUCGAGGAGAUGUUCAAGCGGACGAUCGUCAGGUACUGACGGCUUCUUUGCGUUCUUUCUAAGAAUUUCUUCAUUCAUUUUGCGAUUAAUAAAUCUUUUCGAAGGGCCAAAAGGCCUUUUCUGGAGAAAGCCAGUAAAGAAAGAUAGAAAAAACAAGGAAUAUCUCAGGCGAAAUUUUUCAGAAAAUAAUUUGGAACAUUGUUUCAAUAAAUUUAUCCUAAAGGCUAAAGACGAACAAAUACUAUCCAAGAAAUAGUCAUGACUUUCAUCAGAAUCAGAAUGACAUUCCAAAUGUUUGAGCUUUUUGCAGCGAGUUGAACGCGGCACGAGCUCUGCUGGCGCAUGCGGCUGGUGUCCAAUGGCAGACUUUCGUCGAUUCGCAGCUUCACGCCCUCCAUAACAACACCUCCAAAGACCUGCAGCAGCAGAUCAGCUCGGUUUUUUCUGACGUGGGGAACGAUGUUGAAAGUAGUCUCCAGAAGUUCAAUCGCGUUGCCAGCGGCAUAAGUCGCUUCGCUAGUAAAAGGGCUCUGAGCACGACGCAGCCUUCGGUCGGAUCUGCGCCUUGGAAAAAUGUUUCUGCAGAUGCUCAAGUCUACUUCCACGAUUAAUUCCAUACACGAAAUAUGAUUUCAGGUCAUAUUUUUGUGGUUGCGAGUGCACGUGAGUUUGUUGAAGGAGCUGGUCAGAGCGCAAUCGAGCAGGUGAACUUCGUAUUUAAAUGUUAACUCAUAAAUGUACUUGUUGACUCAAUUUCAUUUUAAAGGUAUAUGGUCAGUAGAAACUGUAGUGAACUGUGAAAUCCAAUCUUUAUUCAAGCUAAUUAAAAAAAAUCGUUUGUAAGAAUACUGUUAAAUAUAAUGAAAAAUACUUCAUUUGAAUAGUUCAAACUAAAACCUCAAAUAUGAUCGUUGUUUUCUGUUUCUUCCUUUUUCAAAUUCAAUACCCGAAACGACUGCAUGUAAAUCAAUGAAAGUUUCUCGUUUAGUAUUACUGAUUUAUUGAAAACUCAGCUUUUAAAUGUUGCUUCAGUUUCUCAAGCAGUUAUUCCAGAUAUCACGAAUGGCAUGCUCAUGUGCGGAAGUGGUGUAUGCAUGACUGGCAUCAGUGGGAAGCCGAUCUGACUCGCGAACGCGGGGUUUGGGGACCUGAAAAGGUGUGGAAUGAGUUUGAGGCAAAGGAAAACGUCCAGUUUCCCAGGCUUCUUCGUUGGACAAGUACAAGCUGGACCUGACUGAAGGACCAUCGAGAAUCAGACGAAAACUGAUUCCUCAUCGCUACUUUUACCACAUCUAUCCGUACAGGCCUCAUCUGGAUGAACCUUCUGCGGUACCUCCUCUCACAACUUGCCAUCUAGUCGCUUUUGCGGUUUCAGAAGGCUCAAAGGGCCAAAGUGGCCAUUUCCCACGACAGCCAGCGGUACUACGAGGCGUGUCUGGCGAGAAGGAAGCCGACCCUCGAUCAGCGCAUCAUCGACACCUCCUUUUCGACGUCGACGCCUUCAGAAGAGAAGCCGCCGUUCACUUUCCAAGAUCUCGCUCGUAAGACGCUUCUCGAAAGACGCUUUUCAAAAGUUGAUUCAGAGAUCAACAGCUCUCUUAUUCGGAGACUUUCCAUUUCUCAAAUUCAACGGGAGGAUAGCGAACCAGAAGGAGAAGCCAAGGAGAUUUCCGUAGACGUAAAUUCUUUCUAUCUUUCGUUGAAGUUUUAUCUUUUCUCUUAACAAGCCAAGAAACCGUUUAAUUGGCUUAUUCCAAACUUCAGGUCUUGAAGAGUUUUCUUACUUCACAAUUUGUUCAUGAACCAGAUAUUUACAACAAAAUUAUGUCUUGUCGGCUUUUCCGAGGAGAGGAAGACGUUUUGAUAGUUUUAAAAGAUUUCUUCUUUGUUUUUUUGUUCAUUUGAAGUAAAACGAAAGGUAAGUCGAAAACAGACAUAAAAUUCUCUCAGAAAAUUUGAAACAUGUUCUUCAACUACAUAUUGAGAAAAAAAAAGGAGCACCAUAUUUCUAGAUACUCGAAAAGAAUGGCCAUAGAUUGACGCAGUGAGCAGCAUUAUGUUACUGUUUCAAGGAGCCGUCGGUGGAUGAAGAAACGCAGGAAGAUCAGAACUCGGGAGAACGCCUCAAGGAGGACGAAGGGAAGAAGGAAGAAAAAGAAGAGAAGAAGCGCGGACCAGACAAUCAGACGCUGUUGCGGCUGUUGGAGCAAGGCGAGCAGCUGCACUCCAUGUUCCGCUGUGCCAGGAUCCAGGUGAGCGCUCCUCCUGAGACAGAAGGAGACGUCAGUCCCAGGGCCUCGAGACCUCCGAAGGACUUUUGUUGUUCGGAAAAGAACACUUCUACGUGGUCGACGGCUUCACUCUCCUCAAAACGAAAGAGAUCCGCGACCUCGAUUUUCUCAGUCAGGAGUGGGUUUCAUCGUGGUCGACUGGCCAACAAAGCCCUUUUCAGGCUCCAUGAUCCCAUUGUCCCUUACCAAGCAACGGGUACAACAAAUGCACCGAAGUCCUCUCGACUCUGUAGUAAAUUCAGUUACCAACUAAUCCGCGAGGUUCACAAGAGAAGGUUUUCUUCGCAGGGAGUGUCUUUCAACGAUCCGAAUUCUCAGAUACCUACUGCAACCCAUAGCUUUGGAGGUGUUCAGCUCAGAUGGACGUAACUAUUUGUUGGCUUUUCCAAAGAAAAUUCGGGACCGGGUCCACGACAAGUGAGUUUCCAUCUUUUUUCGGUCGGAGAAGACGAGUUACAGACUGACUUCUAUGGCUCACAAAUUAACAGUCGGCGGAUCCGACUCGAUUGGAGGCCAGAAAGCCAACAUGGCGAUCGAAAUGAGCGGCAGAACCUCCUUGAUUAAUUCUCUGAUCGGUCGGUUUCACAUUGAAGAAUUUGGAAAGAAGAAGUUGUACAGGUCAACAAUCGGUCACGCAAAGAUGGCUCAACGGACAAAUCACCAAUUUCCAGUAUCUGAUGCAUUUGAACACGCUCGCUGGCAGGUGCAUCGAGUCUUUUCCGACGACAGAAAAACUGCUCAUGUUUCUUCAGAUCUUACAAUGACUUGUCGCAGUACCCGAUUUUCCCCUGGGUUCUUUCUGACUACUCAUCGCCUCAUCUUGAUUUCACAAAUCCAAAAAUAUAUCGCAAUUUUUCGAAACCAAUGGGUGCUCAGAGCCCUGAGCGACUGCAACAAUUUCUCAAGCGGUAAGUUUCGAAAGAAACAUCUUUUUAUUAAAAAAAAAAUCAAAAAAAUAAAGAAUCGAUUCAAGUUUCAUUUUCUCAGUUGAAUGUGUUCUACUCUUUUUCACAAAAAAAUCUGAAGUUUUUCUUUUUGAAAGAAAUUUAGUUUCUUUAAUUUUUUUGCUGAUUGAAUCUUCCAUUAUUAUUAUUAUUAUUAUUUCAAAAAGGUUUAAUUUCUAAACUUCCAGUCAUUUUUUCAUAUUUGAAAAACUUUGAAUUUUGCUAGUGAAAAGACAUCAACGUUACUUUAUUUCCAACUAAGUUCAUUUUUUUCAAGCUAAAAGCUGAAAUUCAGUUUGUUUUUUUAGCAAAAAAAGACUAGAAAUUCAAAAUACCCAAAGGACGCUCUUAAAGGAUGAACUCGGAGAAGAGAAAGAGUGUUGUUAGGUUCCGAGAAUGGGACGAUCCGACGGGGGAGACUCCGCCUUACAUGUACGGCACACAUUACUCGAGCGCGAUGAUCGUCGUUUCUUAUCUGGUGCGCCUGGAACCUUUCACGCAGCAGUUUCUGUCGCUGCAGGUUGGUUGCGAAGAAGGUCGAAGGACGAACAAAUUCGCAGGGAGGCCACUUCGAUCUGGCCGACCGAAUGUUCCACAGUGUGGGCGACGCGUGGACCAGCGCCAGCAGGAACAAUAUGGCCGAUGUCAAGGAGCUGAUCCCAGAGUUCUUCACGCUGCCGGAGAUGUUCGACAACAAGGACCGCUUCGAUCUCGGCGUCAAGCAGAACGGCGUCCAGGUCGACAACGUCAUCCUUCCCGUCUGGGCACACGGCGACGCUCGCGAAUUCGUCCGGUUCGCUUAUUUUCUCUCUCUAUUUCUGUUUAGCCCAGUGGAAAUUACUGAAAUACGUUUUAAAUGCACAUGCACUGAAAGUUUUAGGAAACGUUGUUCGAAUGUUCAGUAGUUUUGAGGACUCAAGGCUCACAAAUCAUACAGUCAUUUUUUGAUGGUUGCAAUAUUCUAUGUGUAUAGCUGAUUCACGGCUGGCUUGAGCCAUCGAAAAAAAGGUCCUGACACGAUAAGAAAAGAGUCAAUGCCUAGUCGGUGGAGGGCGCAGAAAGGGCACGCCCUUUUGCGUCCAAAGUUACCCGUCGGCUAAACCACUAGGUUCUCAUAUUUUCAUGUCGAAUGAAUUGAAGCUUUUUCUUUCUUUUCGGAGUCCCUUUCUUAUUAAUAAGGGACUAUAAUUCCAGUCAUCAUAAAGACAAACAAAAGGCAAUGGAAAUUGGCCGGCAGUUCAUUGGGGCUUACAUUGGAAAAUAUGAUAAAAUCACAAGUUCAUACAAAAAAAAAACCAAAAAAUGUAGAAAAAAAACAACAGUAUAUCCCUCUAACAUGUUUAUAUUACGAUUUUAUACUAUUUAUCUUUUUUAUACUUCUGAAAAAAGAAUGAAAAGUUCAUUCACACUCUUCUUUUUAGUAAUUACCCUCAAUCUGCUUAAGAAGUUCAAAAUGAUUGAUAGAGUGGGGGUAUGUGUUUCGAUAAAGGCGAAGACUCGAGAAGAACGGUCUGAGCGGUACUGGAGGAGGAAACUCCGCCUCGGUAGCCUGUCUGAACUUUCAUAACUUUUUGGCUUCCGAUCCGCUCGCUACCUUCCAGAAUUUUUGCGUUCUCCCUUUCAGAAAACUGACAAGGAGAGCUAUGAAAAAUAUAGCCAUAAGAAUUGCGAGCGAGGCUGCCAUCGCGAUGUUGAAGCCCGUCAGUUUAUCGUCCUCUGGUUUUCUUUGCUAAAUCGAAACCUGAUUGAAAAGUUUUAGAGUUUUGUGCUGAUGCUAAUUUUAUGUAUAAUACAAUGGUAUAAUCAACUCACCAUUUGGUCGUAGUCCAUUUGGUGCAAAAGGUGAAACAGGGCUGCGAACGCUGUGAAAAAAAUAAAUUUUCGAAAAGGAAGAGAGCCAGAGGAUAUCACAAGAAAGUGAUUAGAGGAUUAUGCCCUGCGCAUUCAUUCCGAUACAUAGCAACAUCUUUGAAACCUUUUUUCUUUCUCGCAUGUUAUGUUGUGAGAAAAAGGGAUUCUUCACGGUUUUCUUCGGAUUUGACGCGAUUUCCCAGCCUUUUUCACGUUGAGCUUUUUCAGCCUCCACCGGCAAGCUCUUGAGAGUGACUACGUUUCGUCGCACUUGCACGAGUGGAUCGACCUGAUAUUUGGGUACAAACAGUUUGGAGACGAAGCUAUCAAGGUUGAAUUCGCCUUCCGUUUGAUAAAAACGGUUUCAUUCGAAACAACCAGAACGGGUUUUUCAGGCAAACAAUCUGUUUCACCAUUUGUUUUACGAAGGUAGUGUGGAUUUCGAAUCAAUCGACGAUCCUCUGACUCGAAAUGCCACAAUCGGUAAGCCUUCAGAGAUGAUCUCUAUAUACUCACCUACUACAGGCUUUGUCAACAAUUUCGGUCAAAUUCCAACUCAGCUCUUCAAAAAACCGCAUCCACAGAAAAAAGUUGUUUGCUUUCUUCUGGCUUGAUUAAUUUUCCUUUUGAAGGUGAACAUCCUCGAAGGGUUCAGCAAUACCCCUGGAGUUACUACUUCCAAGCUGUUCUACCACAGUGUCCAAUCGCUGAAGGCCCCGCAGAGUCCAUUCAAAGGUUGAGACCUUCUUAUCUUCUCCUAAAGUUCGCUUGGGUUCAGAGCUACGCUCGGCAGUGGGUACUGUGGUCCAGAAUGAAAAGUUCGGCGUAGUUGCUCUGGAGCAGAACAAGGUUCUGAUCAUGUUUUGUUCUUCACAAUGAAUACAUUUCUUCUUAGGUGAUGAUCGAAGGAAGUAGAUUUUUGUGCUGGGGCCUCUCUGACCGUAGCAUUCGUCUGGGAAGUCUUGAUUCCGACAAGGUCUGCUGUUUUCACCUUGGAAAUUCAAAAUGUGUUCUAAAAAAUAAUUGAUCCUUUUUUUAAUUGAUUGAAUUAUUUGUAAAUCACCUAAAAGAAAAAUGGAUAUGUUCUCCCAUCCACGCAUGAGAAUGUUGCAGUCGCAAUGCGUGUACGAGAUGUGCGAGACGGACGAAGUGACGUGCGUGGCGGUGGGCGACGAGUCGACGCUCUUCUGCGGCAGCACCUCCGGCUGCGUCACGUAGGAUGCUUCUCCCUUCUCUGACGAGGUUCUUUCAGCGUCUGGAAGAUCAACUACAAACCCGUCGGACUCAAGAAGAUCAAGGUUCUCGAUGGACAUUCCGAUGCCGUUACCUGCUUGGUUGGUCCUAUUUGAAACAAUGACAUCUCUUCGAUCUCUUCGAAACAAUGUAAAAUGAAAGGAUGCUAGACGAAAAAGGAAAAGGAUGCUGAAAGGAAACACCUGGAGAAUAUUAGCUAGAAUCGGAAAACUUCUUCUUAAGUCAAACUUGCUUCGAAAUUUCUUUCCGCUGGUUUGUGUAUUCUGGGCGCGAGUCAAAACAUUCUGACUUUUCAAUUAUGUCUAGUGGCUAACCUGAGGAAUGCUUUGCAGGUGUCUUGUUCGGCUCACACGCUGCUGGUCUCGGCGAGCCGCGACUGCACGGUGUUGCUCUGGCAUCAGUCGCAACUUUCGCUCAUCCGCCAGCUGGCCGUUCAUUCGCAGCCAGUCGUCGCUCUCGCCGUCAAUGAAACGACGGUUGGUUCUCAUAUUUGCAAUGAUUAAACGUUUUCAAGACAAAGAUGUGUAGUCUUCGAAAUAUUUCAAAAGUUGUGUUGAAAAAAAUUAGAUUAGAUGAUGAAAGAUAAUUGUGAGACAGAAAUAUACUUUCUUACUUACACCGCUCUGAAAAAAACUUCUUUGAGUUGAGUUCAACACACGUCAGUUCUUUUUUUAGUUAAAUAAAAAGAUCUAUUUAUUACUCUAAAAAAAUUAUUGCUUUGAGAAAUUUUUUAUGCCGGACAAAAUGACUCCUAUUGCAGAGCUUAGUCUCUGUCAGAGAGUAUUGUGUCUAGAUGUUUUCUCUUUUAUCUUGCGAGGUUCUGGACGAAAAUAUAAACGCUAUAUUGGUAAAAUUGGAAAAAAAAACUCUAGUAAGAACAUUUGACGCAAUGAAGAACUAAAAAUACGGAAAUAGUUGAAUAAAAAAUGAAUAAAAAAAUUGAAAGCCAACGGAAAUUCUAUAUUGAAAUCUUUUAAAUCUUUUUAUAAACAUAGAAAAAAAAUAAAUGGUGCCUAUAAAAAGAUUAAUGAAAAUUCUCAUUCUUACUAUUAUUAUUAUAAUCGUUAUUAUUCGCACAUUUGAAAGUUCGAUAACUAAAAGUGUAUAUUUCAUGUUGAUUUUCUAGGGCGACAUUGCAACAGCAUGCUCCACGUUCCUGCAUGUUUGGUCAGUGAACGGCGAGCUUCUGAGCGUGACGAACACCUGCGACACUUCGCCGGCCGUCGACCCUCUGCAGAUGAUCAUCUCACUUUCCUUCUCUACGGUUUUCUUCCUCUUCUCCAACUCACCAAGGAUCUGAAACAGGUGAACGAAUGGGACACAGACAACGUCAUCAUGUGCGGAACGAGCGACGGCGUCGUCAAGAUUUUCUCCUGCGUUGUGGUGGAGAACGACGGUACGAUGGAGUUCCCAAACAUCAACUCUAGACGGUUUGGUUCUACUCAUUUUAGAGGAGUUUUUUAUUGAUUGGAAUCAGGACGAAAGAGGUUUUGCCUGUGCAUGCCAAACUGGAGAAGCAGCGACGGAGAUUACGCGUUGCCGGAAGUGAGGAAACUAUUUCUUCGGUGGAAACUUCGCAAAGUUCCGAAGUGCCGCCAAGUCCUGCUCACACUACGGACCAAGUUCCAGGUUUGUUUGAAGGGGAAACUUUAUCUUUCAUGUUGAGGACGCGCUAUUACCCCUGUUUUCAGCAACUGCAGUUAAAUAAACAUUUCAACCUUUGAAGAGUAAAAUUAUUGAAGAAAAAAAAAGGAGAAGAAGUUGGAAUCAUAAUUUUUCAGCCAUAAAUGGACCUAAGUUCGUUAGAGUUUUGGUCCAGCGCGCAGCACUCACCAUGCACACAGCGUUCAACCGUCCGGACAAUAUCCAUCCGGCUCCGAUCACGGUGAUCGCGCCCAGCAGGUGACCCGUCGCUUUGACGCGUCUCUGAAACGACAUAGUUUCAGAGACCAUCGGGCUCUGUUCGUGGGCGACGGCAUCGGUCGCGUCUGGUGCUGGCAGUCGGGCGAAGACGGCAGCCGCGCCGACCACUGGGUCCAGGACAUGGCUCGGCAACGCUGCGACAACUGCAAGCACAACUUCUCGCUCGCCGACCGGAAACACCAUUGUCGCAACUGCGGACAAAUAUUCUGUGCCAAGUGAGUGUCGCCAUCUUUCAACAGGGCCCAUUUAUCCCCAAAAAAACCCUGAUUUUUUAAUGACUCAAAAAUGAGAUCGGCUGCAAAAUUGUCAAAAAUAACGACUCAGAAGUUUGGCUGGCACGAGUUCAUCCGUCCGAAUAGUCAUUUUUGGAUGUUCAGGUGCAGCAGAUUUGAGUCGCACAUCACUCGGAUGAACAUCUCUCGGCCGGUUCGUGUCUGUCACAAUUGUUUCGUGCGUCUCAAGACCCAGUCCGUCAUGUGA